UGAAGACCUGCUGAAAACUGGAGACCUCAGUCUGACCCUGAAACACCCCACAGAGAGAGACAGUGGAGAAUACAGAUGUGAUGUCUACAAAUUGCAGUUUUUUGGGAAUAUCCAUGCCUAUCGCAUCCUGCUAAGGAAGAAAACAGUAGUCUUGUUAGGUUGCAGAUCAUUUUGGCAAUCUUUUCCCGUGCAUUCAGCGCAUCGACAAAGUGCGUCUAGGCUAGCCACUGCCCUCUGCCCCAGACAGCAUGUUCUGUACAACAGAGUCGUGCUUUGUCCUCGCCUGAACGGCCAUGGUGCUGUUACGCAAUACUACAGCUCCGACUCAAAGGAUGAGCUGCACGUUAGAUACCUGGACGGAGAAGACAGCGGUAUUGUCGUCGUUGGAAUAAAUCGACCAAAAGCCAAAAAUGCCAUAAACAAAAAUCUUGUGAAAAUGAUGUUUGAAGCUGUGGAGGACAUCAAGAAGAAUAAAAAUGUGCGCAGUGUAAUUUUAUGUAGUUUGGUUCCUGGUAUAUUUUGUGCAGGUGCAGAUCUGAAGGAGAGGGCCAAGAUGCACCAGAGCGAAGUGGGACCAUUUGUAUCCAAAGUAAGAGCCCUCAUUACAGAGCUAGGAAACCUGCCAGUACCAACAAUUGCUGCAAUUGAUGGUGCUGCCUUAGGAGGAGGCUUGGAAAUGGCCCUUGCUUGUGACAUCAGAAUUUCCUCUAAUACUGCCAAAAUGGGACUAGUUGAGACUAAACUUGCAAUUAUUCCUGGAGCAGGUGGUACACAACGUCUCCCUAGGGUGAUUGGCGUCUCUCUUGCCAAGGAGCUCAUCUUUGCUGCACGAGUGGUUGAUGGAACACAGGCGCAACAAAUGGGUCUUGUCAGUCAUUCUGUGGAGCAGAAUAACAGUGGAGAUGCUGCCUACUUGAGGGCUCUGGAGCUUGCCCGGGAGAUUAACCCCCAGGGCCCAAUUGCAAUAAGGAUGGCAAAGUUGGCAAUUAACCAGGGGAUAGAGGUGGAUUUAUCUACAGGUCUGGCAAUAGAAGAGGCUUGUUAUUCCCAGGUGAUACCAACCAAAGACCGUUUGGAAGGCUUGUCUGCUUUCAAGGAGAAGAGGCAGCCUCAGUACAAAGGGGAAUGA